CCCCCGAUCCAUUGACUUUAUUGUAGGUAGACGGUAACAACCGUGGUAAUAACUUUAAGUGUAAUUCAAGGAAAUCUAGCCUCAGUUAAAAUUUUAAACAAAAAAUAAACAAUUAUGGAUAACAGUUCCGAGGAAAGUCAAGGGAUUCAAGGAGAAAAUAAAACAGAUGGAGUGCAAACCAAGUUGCAAAACUUAGAGACAGAAAGCAAACAUAUGCAGGAACAGUUCAAUAUUCAAAGAGCAAAAAUGAAAGAAUUAUUUCUUCAAAAAGAAGAGGAAUUGAAACAAAAACAAGAAGAAUAUCAUACAAUGCAAAAGGAGAAUACAAAAUUAAAAAAUGAAUUGGAUGACGUUAAAAGUCAAUUGAUUGUUGUUGAUUUAAAAACUCAAAAUGACAUUCUUUUUGAAAAACGUAAGGCACAGGAAGAAAUAGCUUCAUUACAGCAAGUAAUUAAUGAAACUGUUGAGGAAUCAUCAUCAUCUUGUAAGCAAUUAGAUAACGAAGUUCGUAAAUUGAAAUCAGCAAUUUUAAGACUGGAAGAAGAAAAUUCUUCAUUACGAAUGCAAAUACCACGUGAUCCACCAAUCGAUGGUCCGAUAUCAUUGUCCACUGUAACGAAAACUUUAGCUAGAAAAGUCGUCUCACAAUUGGGCGCUGAUAAUUUAUCUUUAGGUUCUGAUAAUUUAGAGGAAAGCAUGCGGAAGGUAAACAAAUAUGCUCAAGAAGACGCGGAAGUAUUACGUUCUUUGGUGGGACCAUUGGAAGAAGAAAUUAAAGCGUUAAAAGAAAAAUUACGAGCAACCGAUGAGGAAUUACAAAAAUGUAAAGAAACACCAAUUUUAAAACCAGCAUUUGAUUCUACAAUGGGUUCAUCUGAAUCAGUUUGUAAUAUGUGUGUUAAUUAUGAAGCACAAUUAGUGAGAAUGCAAGAGGAUGCUAAAAAUUUUGAUAAACAAUUACAAGAGUCAAAUCGUUUAUUACAAUCGCAAAAAGAUGAUUUAUUCAAGGAAGUUGAAUUUCGUAAGGGAAUGGAGGAAAAAUGGAAUGAAAAAAAAGAGGAGCAUAAAAUCAAAAUGGAAGAACUUACCUCGCGAUUAAAUAUUUCUCAGCAAGCUUUAAAUGAAUUGAAGCAAGCCUAUAAUCAAACAUUUGAAACAGUUAAAAAAGAAUUGUCAAAACUUGUCGUUGGCAGAGAAGAAGUUCAAAAACAUCUUGAUGAUUUGCAGAAACGAAACGAGUAUCUAACGGGAAAGCAUAGCAAACAUUCACAGGCGUUGCAAAAUGAGAAUAUUAAUAUGCCAAACAGUGUUGAGGAAUUACACGUAAGUUUAUUGAGGAUUCGUGAAGAAUUAAUUGUCGCAAAAGUUGCACAAGAAGUAGCGCAUGAGAAUGAAGAGACUUUAAGAUGUGAAGUUAAUUUAUUACACGAACAAAUGGACCAAGAUAAUCGUCUCAAAGAACAACAGGAAGCUGUACUUUUAAGUGAAAACAUGGAACUUAAAACUCAGCUUGAAACAUGUAGUAGAGAAUGUGAAUCAAGCGCUGAGAAAGUACAAAGAGUAGAUCAAGUAGAAAAACGAUUGGAUGAAUUAUUGAAAGAAAAAGAAAAAGUUGAUUCCACUGUUAAUGAACUUCGUCAAAGGUUGUCAAGUCUUCAACAAGAUUUAGAUACCAGCGAGGAAGUACAAAAGGAUUUUGUUCGACUUUCUCAAUCUCUUCAGAUUCAAUUGGAAAAGAUUAGAGAAGGAAACAUUGAAGUUAGAUGGCAACACGAUGAAGAUGUCGAAGAAUGUCCAAGUUGUCAUGUAGCUUUUUCGGGCACCAAGAAAAAGGUACAUUGUAGACAUUGCGGUCAUAUAUUUUGUCAAUCUUGUCUGAAACAUCAAGUUCUCAGUGGACCAAAACGAAGACCAUCUCGAGUUUGUAUGGUGUGUCAUACAUUGUUAGUUCGUGACACGGCUCCAUAUUUUAGCAGAGAACCACCACAUACACCAGAUUAAUUAAAUAUUUUCAAAAAGUAAAUAAAUAAAUAAAAAAAAAAAAAAACUGAAGACAGUAAUAGUGAGACGUGCAAUAUCAAAGUGAUAUAUGAUUGUGAGCCAUACUAAAUUCAGACUCUAGUUCAAAAAUAUAGUAUGCAAUGGCGCAAUUAAUUUUUCAAUCGAACAAAGAUCGUGAUCGAUUGAACAAACAAAAAAAUAUCCUUGCAGAGUGAAAAAAAAAAUAUAUAUUAUAUUUUAAAGCUUCACGCCCUGUUUUAUUUCAAUUCAAAAUAUCGAAUAACUUCGAUUUUUUGCUUGAAAUCGCGUACCUUGUGAGACUUCUAGGAACUUCCCCUUGAAAAAAAAAGCUAGAAAAAAUUUUCUGUAAAUAUGAAAUUGUGUACAACUUAAUAUUUCCUGUAAUUUAAAAUAAAUUAAAGCAUCAAUAAGAUCCGA